CGAUGAGUUAUUCUACGCGUGGAGUUCAUCGCAGCCACAAUGCACAUCAAUGCGAAUAUUCUUGCAUUCUUAUUUAUAACAGCCAGCAUUGUUGCAGUAAAAUCUCGAAAUAUACCGACGUUUCUGAAGAUAUGUCACCGCAGCGAUCCGAAUCUGAACGAAUGCGUAAAACGAAGCAUCGACUCGUUACGGCCUUACUUGAAGACAGGCAUUCCAGCAUUACAAAUACCACCUUGCGAGCCGCUUCGCGUGCCGCGGAUCGAAAUCAGUCAGAUGGCUGGUCCAAUUUCCAUUAAAUCGACGUAUACCGACAUCGAGGUUCAAGGCGGAACGAGUUUCAUUUUAAAGAGCGUCAAAGUUGACGUCGAUAAGAAUCGCGUUAGAUUAAAACUGCAUCUUCCACGUCUUGAAAUGAUCGCGCACUAUAACAUGGAGGGAAAAAUCCUGUUGUUACCCAUAACCGGAAACGGAUUGGCGCGUGGCAAUUUCACGGAUAUCGACGUCGUAGCCACCAUCCAAGGCGAACGUUAUCAAUCUCAAAACACUGACGAGACUCAUUAUCGCGUGAUCGACUUUUACGUGGACUUCGACGUUGGACAUGCCAACAUAAAUCUGGAGAAUUUAUUUAAUGGCGAUAAUACUCUGUCCGAUGCUAUGAAUCUCUUUUUGAAUAAUAAUUGGAAAAUGGUAGCGGCCGAAAUAAAGCCAGCUCUCGAGAAUACAGUUUCAGAAUUGUUUAAGACAUUUGCGAAUAAGAUUUAUUCCAAAUUUCCGCUGGACACGUUGUUGCCACCUUAAAUAUAUUGUUGUUUUAUAUUUAUUUUUUACAGUUAUUAAGAUUUUA